AUGCAAGAAACACCCGAAACAUCAGCAAUCCCCGGAGUCUGUUCGGUGUGUUUAAGAGAACGAUUAAAAAAGAUCUCGAGAUCUUCAUCACGGGGUUACCACAUACGCUUCUUCUUCUUCAUGUUCUUCAUCUUCUUCUCGCUUCCGUAUCUUCGGUUUCUUCUUCUUGUGUCAAACACAGCAUCUCCCAUGCAUGAUAAUCGAAAAGGGCAAAUUUCGUUCUUGAAGAGCAAGCUAAAGAAGAGCAAAUCCAUGGCCUUUGUUAGUGAAAGGACCAUAGAUAUGAUGCCAAGAAGAAAAGUGGAUUUUGGGUCAAAGUUGAUGCAUUCAAGAACUAUGAAGGAAUGUUGA